AUGUCCGCGAGACAAUUUGGGAAGCUGAUCAUUAAUCAGGAGGAAUUGGCCGACCACGAAAAUGAAGGGCGAACCAUAUUUGUUGCCAUAGGCUUGGGUGGAGCCAUUGCCAAAAGGAUAUUGCUUGAUGCUCGCGAAAGUGUUACACAUUGGAUCUGGGAAAAAUGUGAUGGAAUUAUCAACAUCCACCCAACUGCAUCCUCAUACCGUCUACGAUCCGGCAUUCGUCUCCCAUAUGACAGGAAUCUAAUGAAUGAGGCUCAAGUUAUAAACAAUGAAUUUCAAACCAUCUCAUCUAUGGUCAACACUGCUGACAUUAGAAAUACUCCUCGUCGUUUAUUUCAAUCACCAGCAGAAUCUUCGCAGGAACAUGAAGGCUCCUUUGAAACAAAUACAUACGAGGCAUAUUCACAGUCAAAUGACUGGUAUCGCGUGCUUGAUGAAAGCGAUGAUUUAUUUAUGUUCAUACUUGACAAAGUGGUUACCUGGUUACGACGGGGCCAGAAUAUCUCCGCCAAUACUCAGUUGAACACGCGAGCGGACCCCCACCUUCGGAUACUCAGCAUUGAUGGUGGCGGGGUACGAGGUUUGUGCUCGUUGCUUGUCUUAAAGCGUCUCAUGACUGCGAUACGUGACUUGGAAGUUAGCAAGAGACCUGAGACCAAGGACGAAGCUCGAGAACCAGUAAAUUAUUUCCAAUUUGCUGGCGGAACAAGCACCGGAGGAUUAAUCUGCAUUAUGCUGUUUCGACUUGAGAUGAAGGUGUCCGAUGCCAUUGAGGAAUACAGAAGACUUUCGCCAAUCAUUUUUCGCCAGAGGUGGACACGUUUCCUGGGUUCCAACAUGUUGAAAGCUGCUAUUGGGAGACCCUGGUUUGAUGGAAAGGCCCUUGAAAAAGGUAUAAGGGAUUUGUUGAUUCGUAAUCUCCCUGCUGCUGAGAGGAGCCGUCUGCAAGACGAGAUGCCGGAUGAGGUACAGCUACACUCAGGAAAUAACCAACGUGUGAAAAUGUUUGUAUGCGCGGUGAGGAAAGAUAAUGCUGCAGUCACACGAUUCAAGAACUAUGGGCAGCCAAAUGCAUGUAAAGUGUGGGAGGCUGCCACCGCUACUUGCGCGGCUCCGUUCUAUUUCCCGACGGCAAGGGUAAAUGGAAUCGGAUACUGGGAUGGUGGUUUGGGAGCAAACAACCCGAUAUCUCAGGUGUGGCUUGAAAAGAAGUUGCUUUUUCCCAAACCAGACACUAAGUGUGUCAUUAGUCUGGGAACAGGACGUCCUGAAAAAGUCACUAAGUCAUGGAUUCCAUUGAUUGGACGGGCCAAAAGAGUUCUUGGACAUUUGAUGAACACCGAAGUAAAACACAAAAAAUUUGAGGACAAGGCUCACAAGCACGACAUAUUUUAUCGGAGAUUUAACCCAACCACUUCUGAUCGUGACAUCGGAAUGGCUGAUCAUAGACUCCUCGAUCUACUUGAGAGUUACACAGAUGCCUACCUUGAUGCAGAUGACAUUCGGGAUGAUAUUUGGGAUUGUGCUAGGCUAUUGGCGCGGUGGCAGGACGAAUAG